AAAAGACGAGUAACCCGGAAGUUUACCGCAGAGCCAGUCCUUCGAGCAGACGCGUAUUUGUUGUCCCCCCGUUUCUCGUCUCUAAGUUGGACUUCUACUAAAGUAAAGCAAUGUCCGAAAGAAAAGUCUUGAAUAAAUACUAUCCCCCGGAUUUUGAUCCAUCCAAAAUCCCAAAGCUUAAACUCCCCAAAGACCGACAGUAUGUGGUCAGAUUGAUGGCUCCAUUCAAUAUGAGGUGUAAAACGUGUGGCGAGUACAUCUACAAGGGGAAGAAGUUCAACGCCCGUAAAGAGACUGUGCAGAAUGAGCUGUACAUGGGACUGCCCAUCUUCCGCUUCUACAUCAAAUGCACUCGGUGCCUCGCUGAGAUUACCUUCAAGACUGACCCAGAGAACACAGACUAUGCCAUGGAGCACGGCGCCACACGAAACUUCCAGGCCGAGAAAAUAAUCGAGGAGGAGGAGAAGAAACUGCAGAGGGAGAGAGAAGAGGAGGAGCUGAACAACCCCAUGAAGGUGUUGGAGAAUCGCACACGGGACUCAAAGAUGGAGAUGGAAGUUCUGGAAAACCUCCAGGAGCUGAAGGAGCUCAACCAGAGGCAGGCGCAGGUGGACUUUGAGGGAAUGAUCGACCGGUACAGAGAGAUGGAAAGGAGAGAGAGGGAACGGGAAAAAGAGGAGGAUGAGAAGGAGACAAAGGAUAUGUUGGAGCGUGCGCUUGUAAAAAGAUUAAGGGAUUCGGACUCUGAUUCAGAGCAGGAGGAGAGCAGCGUCACGCAGCCAAACACAUCCAACACGGACAAACCAACAGACAUCCUCACCACUGACAAACCAGUUCAGGGACCUGCAGCUGGAGGAGUGAAGAGGGCCAAGGUGGAGAGCUGGGAGAGGAGUGUGGGGACACUGGGAGGUGGGGGGGCUCUAGGAUCCAUGGUUGUUCGAAAGAAACCAGCAGCGCCUGUCAGCAAACCUGGUCCUGUGGCGCCCCCUGCUGUUCCUUGCUCACAACCAGAUUCCAAGGCACUGACGGCUGUUUCCACCAGUGCCAUUAAACCCAUCACCAUGCCAAACGGGUCAUCUCUCAGCUUGUUGGGGGCGUAUUCAGACAGUGACAGCAAUGACAGCGAAUGAGAUAAAGAUGUUUGUGGCUGCUUGUGGACUUGGGUGAUUGAGGAAAAAAAAAAUGUAUGAAUGAUAUAGAAAUGUGUAUGUAUGACAAAGAUCUAUGGAAAACCUUGAAAUACAGUAAAGUAUGAAUCUGAAUCUGGUUUCCCUUGUCAUGCAGUGAUGCGGUCAAGAUGGUAGAUAUCCAACAUGAUGUUUGACACUCAUUAGAAAGUAGCUUCUUCUCAGUGAAACAAUUCUUGAUUAUAGAAAUCCACUGCUUCACUUUGUAACUUUAUGGAUGUGCUGUUACUGAGGGCUUAACUCAGGAAAUUGUCAACACCUGGAUUUUUGUGAAGCCAAUCUGCUUGGUGUAUAUUUCAUGUAUAUUUCAGUGUGCAAUUAAAAACUUUUACUCUAUUAUUGAAAUGCAUAAUUCAGACAAAUCUCAAA